GUGGUACCUUGUGGGUAUUACAAGUUUUGGUGUAGGGUGUGGACUUCAGUCUAGGCCCGGUGUUUACACCAGGAUCUCAAUGUUUAAAGACUACAUUGACACAAUCACUGAGAUUGUUACCGGCAACAGGUACUUCCAAUGUGCAAGCGGUUUUUGUUUGCCAAAAGAAUAUGUUUGUGAUGGAGCACGUGACUGUUACAAUGGAGAAGAUGAGGAACAAUGUAUCCAUGAAGACACCGAUGCGAUAGAAAUAUAUGAAGACUUCUUUUACAGUGAAUAUUCAUAUGAUGGUAGUAUUAUUGGAAUAUAUUUUAAUGACUUUAAAAGCAAGACGACAUAAUCAUAAAAUUGAGUUGGUUACAUUGUACAGGAUAAUGAGAAGACUUUAUGGAUUAUAAAUGUAUUUAAUAAAUAUGUGUUUUCAAUGGCAUGUUUUCUUAUAAAGUUACCAUAACUAAUUUGCAUAUAUGAACAGUUAAGAUUAAAUGUUGAUACAAUGAUAAACAUUUAUUAUUAUUAUGCCUAUAGUAUAGGUAAUAUGUUUAGUGACAAAUUCAUUUACAGGUAAUGGUGACUGCACUUACGUAGCGAUU